CCAAUGUCAGAGAGAGAGAGCUGGUAGAACGCUAGUGGGAAGCAAACUGGCAGCACCGGCUCAAUCUGAGAAGUGGAAACUUUGCAAUCAAAACGUGUCCUUCCUCUCACUACUUCUAACAGACUUCCAAGGAUCUAUUUAAUUUUUUAAAACAAAACUCUUCCCCCCCCCACCCCCACUCCCCUUCUGUUCUUUUGGAAAUCUGGGUGACUUGUCCAGCAGACAGGAGGGGGAAAAAACAGGAAAGAAAUCCAAUAGAAAUGCUUUGAGUAUCAUGAACAAUAGCUAGCACAACAGAUGCUGACCAUGGCUCCAAGGAAACGGAAUAGGCAUGUGCUGGGAUUCCUUUGCUGCUUCCAGAGCACUGAUCACCCAGAGAUCACCUUCAAGGACAGCAGCGUGCCACUGCAGCUUCUGGAAUUCUCCGUCCCAAUCCCGCCCGCCGAUGAACUCAACGCCAGGUUUGCGGAACUUGUUGAUGAGUUGGAUCUCACUGACAAGAACCGAGAUGCUAUGUUUGCACUGCCCAUGGAGAAGAAAUGGCAAAUUUACUGCAGUAAGAAGAAGGAACAAGAUGACCCCAACAAGCAGGCCACAAGCUGGCCUGACUACUACAUUGAUCGCAUCAACUCCAUGGCUGCAAUGCAGACGGUUUUUGCCUUCGAUGAAGAGGAAAUGGAGAUGAGAAACACAGUCGUCGAAGGACUUAAGACAGCUCUUAGGACACAACCAAUGAGGUUUGUGAUGCGAUUCAUCGAACUGGAUGGGCUUACGUGCCUGUUGAACUUCCUCCGAAGCAUGGACUACGACACGUCAGAGAGCCGCAUUCACACAUCCGUUAUAGGGUGCAUCAAGGCUCUGAUGAACAAUUCCCAAGGCCGGGCGCACGUGCUGGCUCACCCAGAGAGCAUCAACAUCAUUUCGCACAGCCUCAGGACGGAGAACAUCAAGACCAAGAUCGCAGUGCUGGAGAUCCUGGGUGCAGUUUGUCUGGUAGCUGGAGGGCACAAGAAAAUACUGCAAGCAAUGUUGCACUACCAGGUUUAUGCAGCAGAGAGGACUCGCUUCCAGACGUUACUUAAUGAGCUGGACAGAAGUACUGGAAAGUACAGGGAUGAAGUGCACCUCAAAACUGCAAUAAUGUCCUUCAUCAAUGCCGUGUUAAAUGCUGGUGCUGGAGAGGACAAUCUGGAAUUCCGACUGCACCUCCGAUAUGAGUUUCUCAUGUUAGGAAUCCAACCCGUGAUUGAUAAAUUGCGAAACCACGAGAACGCAACAUUAGACAGGCACUUAGACUUCUUUGAGAUGGUCAGAAAUGAGGAUGAGAAUGAACUUGCGAAACGGCUUGACAUGGUGCAUAUUGACACCAGGAGCACAAGCCAGAUGUUCGAGUUGAUUCGGAAAAAGCUGAGUCAUACGGAAGCCUACCCACAUUUGGUAUCUGUCCUCCAGCACUGCCUCCAAAUGCCCUGGAAGAGGAACGGGACCAACAGCCAGCAUUGGCAACUCCUCGACAGAAUACUGCAACAGAUAGUGCUGCAGGACGAGAAAGGGGAGGAUCCUGACGUCGCACCAUUGGAGAACUUUAAUGUGAAGAACAUCAUUCGGAUGCUGGUGAAUGAAAAUGAAGUGAAGCAGUGGAAGGAUCAAGCAGAAAAGUUCAGGAAAGAACACGUGGAAUUACUGGCAAGGCUUGAGAAGAAGGAGAGGGAGUGCGAGACCAAAACUCAGGAGAAGGAUGACAUGAUGAAAACUCUCAAUAAGAUGAAGGACAAGCUCCAGAAAGAGUCCGCAGAGUUGCGCCAAACAAGGGAUCAAGUGGUGGAACUCUCUGUCCGUCUGAACGAACUGACAAACUCAAAUACGAGCGGCCUUUCCUUCCCCCCUCUCCCUCCCCCUCCCCCGCCUGGUGGACCCCUCCCUCCCCCUCCCCCUCCCGUCCUGGGCGAGCUGCCCCCACCGCCCCCGGCCCUCCCCUAUGAGUUCCUGCCCCCCCCUCCCCCACCCCUGCCCCCUGGCGGGCCCCCUCCCCCUCCCCCCGGAGCACCCCCCUUCUUCAGCUGCGCCGUGCCACCCCCCUCCUGCCUGCCGACGAUGGGGAGCAUGAAGAAGAAAGCCAUCCCACAGCCAUCGCACCCGCUGAAGUCUUUCAACUGGCACAAGUUGGCGGAGGACAGGAUUAGAGGCACCGUCUGGAAUGAGAUAGAUGACCUCCGAGCCUUCAACAGGCUUGAUCUGGAAGAUUUUGAGAAGAUGUUCUCGGCCUACCAGAGGCAGCAGAAAGAGCUCGGCUCCACCGAGGAUCUGUACCUCACGAUGAGGAAAGUGAAGGAGCUAUCGGUGAUCGAUGGACGAAGGGCUCAGAACUGUGUCAUCCUGUUGUCAAACCUGGCUGAACUGGAGAAAGAAAUAAACAAUAUUAAGAAUGGUCUGAAGGCUUUGGAGGCUGAACUGGAAUAUCAGAAACGUCGAGCACGGGACAUUGAGGACAAGUUUGUUCCAGUCAUGAGUGACUUCAUUACUGUCGCUAGCUUCAGCUUUUCAGAGAUGGAGGAUCUGCUAGCCGAGGCGAAGGAUAAGUACUCCAAAAUGCUGAAGCACUUCAGUGAAGACGAUGCGAAGAUGCAGCCGGAUGAAUUCUUCGGGAUAUUUGACGCUUUCCUGCAGUCGUUUGCUGAGGCAAAGCAGGACCUGGAGAACAUGAGGAGGAAGAAAGAGGAAGAGGAACGUCGGGCCCGCAUGGAAACCAUGCUGAAGGAGCAGCGGGAGAAGGAGCGCCGGUUGAAGAAGGCCCGGACCGGCAGCGUUUCGGAGGAGGUCGGAGAGUUUGAUGACUUGGUGUCGGCUCUGCGCUCUGGCGAGGUCUUCGACAAGGACCUGUCGAAGCUGAAGCGAAACCGCAAGCGGGUCGGCAACCAGCUGGCAGACAGUGGCAGGGAGCGGGCAGUGACGAAGCUCAAUUACUGAAGGGACUGGCUGCCACCCAUCGAGCGCACCCUU